AUGGAAGACGGGCACCCAAACUGGCUUCAUGCCAGUGAGUACGAUACUGGCGCUGGUAUACAGCAAUUCUCCCACCGGAACAUUACUCAGUCCAAGAUCGCGUCCGAGAAAGUCGGCCUGCCAUCACCACGUAUUGUCCCAUCUACCAACUAUUUGACCUCGAACGACUUUUGCAGAAAGCAGGGACCCUCUCCCGGCUUGUGA